AUGAUGCCCUCGUCGCCUGACUCGCGCUGCAAGUACCCGUACAAAAUGUGCCCCAACACGCGCACGUUCAAGAAAGACGGCGAGCCACACACGCUGUGCGAGUACCACCGCAACAAGGCCAACUCGAUUCAAAAGAUUUACGCCACCAAGCGCCGUCAAGAGCUCCGCAUGCAGCGCAAGUCGCCGCCGCGGAGUCGGUCGCCGGCGCUUGUGAUGCCCGACCCGGCCCCGUUCUUGCCCGACGCGGCGCUCGCGAUCGAGCCCAACGAUUUGGUCGACCUCUCGCUCUUGUUUGAAGACGACUUUUCAUCGGACACGACGUGCUGUAGCCUCGAAGUCCCGGACGCGGCGCUCUUUAUGACCAGCCGACUUUUUACCGACCGCCUUAAGUUGUCGGCCGAUGACUAUGACAUUCUAUGUACGCUCGUCGAUUGA